AUGACAACUGAAAUAAGUGAAGAAUACGUAAAAGCUGUGAUUGAAAACAGUCAAUCUAUUUACUCACUUCGAACUCCAGAAGAUAUGCAUCUGAUCAUGAAGAUGGUGAAUUCUCUUCUCAUAUCAUCUUCACGUAAAUUGAAAGAUGUUGAUAUUUUUUUGAAUGAGUAUGACUCUGUUUGGAAAGAAUAUAAUCAAGAAUCUAAUCACCUUGAAGGCUGGGAUUAUCAUCAUGCUGAUCACGAAGAAUAUAUUCAAUCCGAUGUGGAAAGACUUCCGAUGAUAGAGGAAUCUCCAUUUGAAUUAAAAACUUAUGAUGCCCAAUCAGAUGCGAGGAGACUUCCGAUGAAAGAAGAAUCUCCAUUCGAAUUGAAAACUUAUGACGAUCUUUAUGAAAUGGAUGAUUGGUGUGAUGUAUGUGAUAAUUGGGUUGAGGAAGAACACGUUCAUACAUUUUGCUCAAAGUGUGUACAAAUUGUGAAAUUCCACAAGAAUGGGGUGCAUAUAAACGAGUGCAUUUGUGAUUUCGUACCAGUGAUUGAUUAUUUUAACUCGGGAGAAGAGUUGAGACAGUUUUUUUUGAUAAAUAAUGCUCAAGGUUUGUGUAUAUUUUGUGAAAAUAGUUGCUCAGAGGAAUUAUGUGUGUGUGAGUUUACGUGUGGAUUGAAAUAUGUGAUGGGGUAUGAUAAGUAUGGAAAGGUUGUAUAUGGAACAUGUGGUUGGUAUUCUGAUAAUUUAAAACAUGUUAAACAUGAUUGUCAAGGUGGAGUUCAUCGUUUGAAUGAUGUAACUAUGGGAUCUGACAAAAGAAAAGACGUAUCCAGUUCUAACUUUGAUUCUGAAUUGGAAUCCAAGAGAUUGAAGGUUAAUGAAGAGCAGUCUGUGGAACUUAAACCCAACUCCUCUGGAUCUAAGCGAAAGCAACCUGACUUUCAAGGUGAAAAGGAAUCUGAAUCAUCAAGAUCUAAACGAAAGCAACUCAACUUUCAACUAUCCCAAAAACAGAAGAAUUUGGAUAUGCUUGAUAAGGAAACAAAUAAUAGAAUAUUGUCAUUGGGUGAUGAUAAUAUGAAGAAUUUUUUAAAUUGCGAAAAAUCUUAUCAACUUUCUAAUUUGGUUAAUGGAAUUGCAUUCGAUAUCAUCAAGACCGAGAGUGAUGAUUGGGAAGAAAAAAUGAGUGUGCUUCAAUUGUAUAACAAGAUUAGACGUGAGAUUUAUUCGGUUAUUGAAAGGAACAUUCUGGAUAAAACUCUGGAUAUUUGUACGUGGUUGGUGACAGUUUGUCAAGGACCGGCGAAGGGAAUGAUGUAUGAGGAUUUUAGGCUCCAAAAGUGGUUAUCUGAAAAUUCCAAUGUUAAUAAUGAUUGA